AUGUCCACCGGCUCGGUGAGUGACCCCGAAGACACGGAGAUGCGGGGGCUGCAGCGGGUCCACCCGGCCCCCGCCUCCAAGAGGCCGCCCCUGUUCCGAACGGAGCGCGGUUACGCCUCGCCCAGCGACAACUCUUCCGCGGAGGAGGAGGACCCCGACGGCGAAGAGGAGCGGGGAUCCCUGGGAGCCGCGGGGGGCUGCAAGAGGAAGCGGCCCCGGGAGGCUGACGCCGGCGGCGCAGGUGGCGCUGCGGGUAGCGCGGGGAAGAAGCCGCUCCCGCCCAAGGGCUCGGCCGCUGAGUGCAAGCAGUCACAGAGGAACGCGGCCAACGCCCGCGAACGCGCCCGGAUGCGCGUGCUGAGCAAAGCCUUCUCCAGACUCAAGACCAGCCUGCCCUGGGUUCCCCCGGACACCAAGCUUUCCAAACUGGACACGCUGCGUCUGGCUUCCAGCUACAUCGCGCACCUGCGCCAGCUGCUGCAGGAGGACCGCUACGAGGACAGCUACGUGCACCCGGUGAACCUGACGUGGCCAUUCGUGGUCUCUGGACGCCCAGACUCUGACACCAAAGACGUUUCUGGAGCCAACAGGCUUUGUGGAACUUCCGCUUAGACGGACAGCACACUUAGAUGGAUUGUGUUAAAUGCAAAGGACUCGGCCAAGGAAGUCCCACUGGAUUCCCGACCUUCUUCUUUCCCUGGGCCUGUGAACAAGAUAGGUGACAGGCGUGGUUGCCCUCCUGGAGCACAGGUGGCCAUGGCUAAUCAGUGCAGAAUUCUAUAGCCAAAGAGAGCCCAAUUUCAGGGGAAGAAUGCGCGGACUAGAUGCAAACCUGAGGCUUUAGCUCUCAGCACAACCCCCCACCCCCUCCUGCCAUCAGAGUCCAAUGCAGAAACGGGUUGGUUUUGAAGCUAAUCUUAAUUUUCCUUAUGGUUGGAGGGCAAGGUUCUGCACAUCAAGGUCUUUCUGUGACCAUGGCUGAGAGAGCUGUUUCCCAGCACUAGAAAAAAGGCCUCUGCAUUAGAGCUGUGCAGGGGCCCGUCACUAAGGGCAGUGUUGCUAAUGGCAGUGGCAUACUCGCACCAGACAGGUCAUGGUGAGAUGGAGACACCAAACACUGGCUUUGCCCACAAUCCUUGAAGGCUGGAGUUUAUUUCCUGAGCUCCCUCCUCUGUUUAAUCAAUGUUGGGGCCACCUGCCCUGCUGGUCUCCAUCCAGUGAGUGCAGUUUGUUUGUGGGGGUCUCAGCUCCUUCUCACCCAUACUGUCCCACGAAGUCUUUUCUUACUGCCCAUUUGGAGACACGGGCUUCACCCCUCUGAUCCGGUUACUCUGCCACAGCACAGCCUUCUGUGG